CAGAGCAGGUGCCAGGAAGGGGGCAUCUGAAUAUUUUCUGCCUGCCCCCCACGAGCCGGAGAAGCGCGAGGCGGCUCCAGGAAACUCCUGAAGUUCUCUCCCUUCCCGCCAAGGAGAGGGCCCACUUUCCCUCCCCAAUCCCUUUCGGAUCAGAAGGCCGUGUCAUUGGCCAGGGCACAGAACAGAUACACUCAUCCUCCCUCUUUCCCCGCAUUUCUGGUCAGCGGGCGGGUUUGUGUAUGUGUCUUCCUGCUGCCUGGGCCCACAAGCUACCUCUGAGCACCUGCGCGCUCCCAGGGUCGGGAGGGCCACGCUGAGGGAAGGCAGAGAGCCAGCAGGUCUUCCUGGGGGAGGCUCGGCCACCGCCGGGAAGUGCACUCUCUGGUUGGGGAGCCAGAUAAAACCACAGGUGGUGUUAGGCGAGAAAUCAGUGGAUUCCUGCAGGGGGUACUCGAUGAGAGCUAGGGACAUCAGGAUAGGGGCCUCCGGACAGGCCAGCUGGAAAGGUGGACCCGGGAGGGGAGAGAAGAGUAUUCACACAGGCCCGAGGGAAGGGCUGAGCCGCUGCCUGGGACCAAGCUGUGGGCCUGGUGUAAAAGGCCUUGCCAGUCAGACUGAGAAGUCGGGGCCUUGUGCUGUGGGCAGCAGGCCGCUAGGCAGAGGAGCCAGCCAAGAGCCACUGCACAAUGAGGAGCUGGCAGGAGCAGGCGGGGUGGCCCAGCCUGGGCCCCUGGAGCCUGAGGAGCCGAGAGCUGGAGGCAGGCCUCGGCGCCGGAGGGACCUGGGCAGCCGCCUACAGGCCCAGCGUCGAGCCCAGCGGGUGGCCUGGGCAGAAGCAGAUGAGAAUGAGGAGGAAGCUGUCAUCCUAGCCCAGGAGGAGGAAGGCGUCGAGAAGCCAGCGGAAACUCACCUGUCAGGGAAAAUUGGAGCUAAGAAACUGCGGAAGCUGGAGGAGAAACAAGCACGAAAGGCCCAGCGUGAGGCAGAGGAGGCUGAACGUGAGGAGCGGAAACGACUCGAGUCCCAGCGCGAAGCUGAGUGGAAGAAGGAGGAGGAGCGGCUUCGCCUGGAGGAGGAGCAGAAGGAGGAGGAGGAGAGGAAGGCCCGCGAGGAGCAGGCCCAGCGGGAGCAUGAGGAGUACCUAAAACUGAAGGAGGCCUUUGUGGUGGAGGAGGAAGGCAUGGGAGAGACCAUGACUGAGGAACAGUCCCAGAGCUUCCUGACAGAGUUCAUCAACUACAUCAAGCAGUCCAAGGUUGUGCUCUUGGAAGACCUGGCUUCCCAGGUGGGCCUACGCACUCAGGACACCAUAAAUCGCAUCCAGGACCUGCUGGCUGAGGGGACUAUAACAGGUGUGAUUGACGACCGGGGCAAGUUCAUCUACAUAACCCCAGAGGAACUGGCCGCCGUGGCCAACUUCAUCCGACAGCGGGGCCGGGUGUCCAUCGCCGAGCUUGCCCAAGCCAGCAACUCCCUCAUCGCCUGGGGCCGGGAGACCCCUGCCCAAGCCCCAGCCUGACCCCAGUCCUUCCCUCUUGGACUCAGAGUUGGUGUGGCAUACCUGGCUAUACAUCUUCAUCCCUCCCCACCAUCCUGGGGAAGUGACAGAGUGUGGCCAGGCAGUUAUAGAUUAAAGACCUGUGAGUACUGCUGAGCUUGGUGUGGCUUAGUCUGGCAGAAGGCCUGGCCUAGGAUCCUAGAUGAGCAGGUGAAAUUUAGGCUUCAGAAUAUAUCUGAGAGGUGGGGAGGGUCCCUUGGAAGCUGGUGAAGUCCUAUUCUUUUUAUGAAUCCAUUCAUUCAAGAAAAUAGCCUGUUGCA